CAGGCAGUAGUUAAAGCGGCAUGUUCAAUUGUUUGGAGCGAAGCAGAAUAUUUUUGUUUUGUGUGGUAACUCUUUUUCUUUGAGGAUCUCCCACAUUGUUUUCUAACAAUUUGCCAAAGGUUUGGACGAUAAUUUUAGUCAUUUCGUGUGCCUGACAUCACAAUUAGCGAACUAGCGCUCAGCUAACUGGGAAGCUACUAGCUUACUGUUAAAUGGGUUAACAUUGUGAGGUCUGGCGCGGAGAUAUACACUAAUAUUUCCCUGGUUGUCUUCAUCUGUCGGGGAGACACACUGUAUUCUUGGUUAUUUUUCAGUUUCUAGAAACCUGAGAAAAGAUGGAGGCUCCUCCUGUGACUGUGAUGCCCAUCACCAGUGGCACAAUCAACAUGAUGGAGUAUCUGCUACAAGGCAGUGUGUUAGAUUCGGCUCUGGAAAGCCUGUUGCAUCGUCUACGUGGUCUGUGUGACAACAUGGAGCCGGAGACGUUUACAGACCAUGAACUGGUAUACCUUCUGAAAGGCCAGCAAGGAAACCCUUUCAUUCUGCGUGCCCGACGCUCCCUCUCCCACCCUACAGCUCCGUGGCACCUCCGCUAUCUGGGCCAGCCUGAAGUAGGAGACAAGAGCCGCCAUGCCUUAGUGCGUAACUGUGUUGAUGUGGCCGCCUCUCACAGCCUUCCGGAUUUCCUUAAUGAGAUGGGCUUCCGUAUGGACCACGAGUUUGUGACCAGUGGCCACAUAUUUCGCAAGGGAGCUAUGAAGGUUGUAGUGUGCAACGUGUCCCGUGUGCUGGUGCCCGGUAACACAGAGAACACAGAGCGAAUGUCGCUUUCACAUUUGGUUGAACUGAGUGUUUUAGCGCCUGCCGGUCAGGACACUAUGUCGGAGGACAUGCGAAGCUUUGCUGAGCAGCUUAAACCUCUGAUUCAUUUGGAAAAGAUCGACCCAAGCAAGCAGAGACAUUAAAGGUGUUUUGAAGUGAGGUUUUGUAAAACGGUUAAAAGCAGAUGCUAUCUGUGCUUGCAGUUAGUAACUUCAUUGGUGCCUUAAUUUAGGAAAAAAAUCUGAUUGGUAAAUCCCUGUAGAGGUGUAGACUAAACCUGAAUGCUAAUCCUAUGGGGUACAAUAUCAAAACAGAUUUCUGCUAUCUUAAAGCUUCGAUUGGUUUUGCUGUUUUGUUUUAAAACCAGCUAAUCUGCAUUUAUACUAAAUUAAGAUGCCCAAAAGCUAUGUACUGUUGGUAAGAUCUACUUAUCCUAAACUAGGUUGUCUACCCAGUUUACGUGGACAGCCAUGUAUCUGUAGGGUUGCACUUGUACCAUACGCUUUCAAUUGCCAGGUGAAGACCUGCACAAUGUUCUGUGAGUUUUCAAAGGUUGGGUUAUAGUUUUAUAACAGUAUCCUGCUUUAACAGUAACUGCUUAUAAGGUUUUAACAGAACCUCUGAACUAGGAGAUAAUUUAGUCCCGUCUGUGCUGAAUACAAAUUGUCUUGUUAAUUUUGGCCUUAAAUAUUUUUGUUACAGUAAAUAAAAUACAGUGCAACUUUGACUAAA